AUGUUUUUUUUCCUUAUAAUUUUCAUAUUAUUAACCAGUUUAAAUAAAGGUUUUAAAAUAAUGAAGAUAGUAAUUCCUCAAACGAGCGGUUUGAAUAUUGUUGAUAAAAAGUUCGAACCUAAAUAUUUUGUUAAGAAUAAAUUAAGAUUUGUUUCUCCUUAUGUAUAUACAUAUAAAUUAUUUUCCAAAAAAAGAUGGGUAGGGAAAAAAAUUGCUGAUGUUAUGGCAUCUGAAUUUUGUGCUUAUGAUAUGAAUUAUUUUAUAGAAUCCAUAAAAAAAGGAUAUGUAAAAGUAAAUAAACAAAUGGUUUCUAGUGAUUAUAUAAUUCAAAGUAAUGAUUUUAUAGAACAUAAAUUAUUAUUAUUUGAAAAACCAGUUCUUUGUAAUAAAAUUAUUAUUCUUUAUGAAGAUGAAAAUUUUAUAUGUGUUUAUAAACAUUCGAGUUUGCCCACACAUCCGGUGGGUUCUUAUCAAUAUAAUUCCCUCUUACGUAUUUUACAAAAUUAUAUAAGUACUUCUCAAAACAUUAAACAGGACCAAGAUGAUGAGGUAAUCGCACAAAAUGAAAAAGAAAAUUACAAACAAAAUGUAAGUCAAGAUGUAAAUCAAAAUGUAAGUCAAGAUAUAAAUCGUGAUAUAAGUCAAGAUAUAAAUCAAGAUAUAAAUCAAAGUACAAACACAAAUACAAACACAAAUACAAACACAAAUACAAACAUAAAACGUGUAAACGUCGAAGAACAAAGCGAACAUGUGAUAAAAAUCAAUUUUAAUUUUAAAAAGGAAAAUUUUGGUUUCAUGCUGGAUGAUAUGAAAGAAAAUUCUUCAUGUGAUGAUAAAAAAAUAAAAAUAAAAAAUGAUCACAUAAGUAAUUGUACAAGUAAUAAUGAUAAUUAUAAUGAUAAGAAUUUUACUUAUCAUGAUCAUAGGGAACAAACAUAUUACCACAAAAAUAUUACACAAAAUAUAAAUGAUCCAUAUAGAAAAGAUGAGAUUCUAAAUAUAUCACAAGAAAAGAAAAAAAGAAGAAAAAUUAAACAAGCAAAUAUUAUAAGUAAUGAACAAAUUAAUAAUAUGGAAAUAGAAAAAAAAAAACAAAAUGAAAAUAUCGUCGAUACGUUAAAUGUUUUAAUUAACUGUAGGGAAAAAAGUAUGAACCAAAUUAAUCAUGAUAAAGAAUAUAAUGCUGAUCAUAUAAAUAAAUGUAAGCAAAUAUAUGUGAAAAAUGUGAAAAAUGUGAAAAAUGUGAAAAAUGUUCAUUAUGCUCAUAAUUCUCAUAAUGUUCCAGAACAUAAUUCUCAUAAUGUCCCAAAACAUAUUUCUCAUAAUAACAAUUUCGAUAACGAUUUAAAAACACAAGACAAAUCAUAUAUCUAUACUCUUCACCGAUUAGAUAAGCUAACAUCAGGUAUUGUAUUCUUCGGGAAAAAUAAAAAAUUCUCCACAUAUUUUUCCCAAAAUCUUUCUGAUAAUAAAAUAAAAAAAACAUAUAUUACAAGAGUACAAGGAGAUUUUAGAAAAUUAAUCACUAAAUUGUUACAUUCUAAUAAUAUUAUUAAAAGUGUAAACAGUCAAAAUAAUAAUUUAGACAAUAUUAUUAAUAAUUAUUGUAAUAAUAGUAUGAAAAAUAAUGACAGUCUUAAAUUUAAUAAAUAUGAUGAGGAUAACUUAUUUGAAAAUGAUAUCUUCCUUUAUGAAAAUAAUUAUGAAAAAAAUAAUCAUGACAAAGAAACAUGUGGUUACAUGAAAGAAAAAAAUAUUGAUGACCCAAAAAAUAUGUUUCAUAAAUUAAUAGAACUUGUAAAAAAUAAAAAAGAGGAGUUGAAUAAUUAUUUUGAUAUGAAUAAAUUUGACAUUACAUAUGAUAUAAAUAAUGAUAAAUAUGGAGAUAAUUAUAAUAAUGAAGAUAUAAACAAUCUACAUAUGUAUCAUAAAUAUUUUAUCAUAGAUUUUGGUUAUAUGUAUUGUGAGAAUAAAAAAUUAUUAAAAUACGUUUUUACCAAAUAUACAAAAGAAAAUGCUCUUCAAUUCUCUGAUUAUUUAUUAAAACCAAGUAUAACCAAAUUUAUGUUCUUAUCAUAUAAUUCGUCAAUUGAUGAAUCUUUAAUUUUAUGCCAGCCUAUAACAGGAAGAACACAUCAAAUAAGAGCACAUCUCGAAAGUUUAUCCUAUCCCAUAUCAAAUGAUUCGCAUUACAAUAAAAUAUUUGAACAAGAAUAUAUUCACAAAUCAAAUUAUAUAUAUUUUGAAGAAAGUACCAGAAGUGAACACAUACAAAUCAAGGAACAAAUAAAUAAUAUCCUACAAAAUAAGAAUACUCAUCAUGCUAAAAAAGAAAAUAAAACAUGUAAUAAUGAUAAAGAAUUAUUUGAACAUGAACCCAACAAAAACCAUUCAUAUAAUCAAAAAAAAACUUGUGAAAAAUAUAAUUAUUUUCCUCUCAUUCCAUUUAUUAAUACAUCUUUCAAUUGGCUAUAUGAUCAAAAUAUUAAUUUAAAUCAAGACUAUAAUGAAAAAGAUUUGAACAAUUAUUUUUUCAAAAAUAUUAAUAAUGUCUCAUAUCAUAGUUCUGGUAUAUUCUUACAUUCAUUUAGAUACACAUGGAAAAAUAUUUUUGAUGUUUUUACCCUUCUUCCAAAAUGGUCUCAACCUUUUUACCUUCCCCAAACAUUAAUAGCUUUCCUAUUAUACGGAGAUUUGGCAUAA